UCUCUCAAAAACCCCAACACUUUUCUGCAAAAAAGCUAAACACACAGCCAAAAAAAAAAAAAAAAAAAAUCCCCACAAAGCCACUUCUUUUACCACACCCUUUUUCUCACUUAGCUCAUUUUUAAGCUAGGUUUUCUUUAAUUUUGCCUUAUAACCACAAUGCAAUAGUUUUACUCCCCAUUUUUUCACAAAUAGCCACUAUGGUGAAGUUCUCAACUUUGAUUCUCGCAGUUCUGCUUCUUUCUGUUAUUUUCUGUAAUGUUUCAGCUACACCAUCACCUACAAAAAUUGUAAAUGGGGUUGUUUCAAAUGCUGUUACUAAGCUGAUGAAAUGGGUAUGGUCACUUAAAGCCAGUAGUAAAACAGUGAUUUCUGGGAGACCAAUGAUGAAAUUUGAGAGUGGGUAUAGUGUGGAGACAGUGUUUGAUGGAAGCAAACUUGGAAUUGAGCCUUAUUCUGUGGAGAUUAUGUCUAGUGGGGAGCUACUGAUUUUGGAUUCUGCUAAUAGUAAUCUUUACAAGAUCUCUUCCUCUUUGUCUCAGUACACCAGACCUAGGUUGGUGGCUGGAUCAGCUGACGGAUACUCUGGUCAUGUUGAUGGAAAAUUACGGGAGGCAAGAAUGAACCAUCCGAAAGGUCUUACUCUUGAUGACAGAGGGAAUAUCUACAUAGCAGAUACUGAAAACAUGGUAAUUAGGAAGAUAAGUGAUGCAGGGAUCACAACAAUUGCUGGUGGUAAAUGGAGCCGUGGAGGUGGGCAUGUUGAUGGACCGAGUGAAGAUGCAAAAUUCUCUAAUGAUUUUGAUGUGGUCUAUAUGGGAAGCAGUUGUUCCCUUCUUGUCAUAGACAGGGGAAAUAAAGCGAUACGGGAGAUCCAACUUCAUUUUGAAGACUGUGCUUAUCAGUAUGAUAGUGGUUUUCCUCUAGGAAUUGCUGUGCUUUUGGCUGCUGGCUUCUUUGGUUACAUGCUAGCAUUGCUACAACGAAGGGUUGGUACCAUGGUAUCUCCGGAAGAAGAUCAGAACACAUCCAUUUUCACCGAAGAAUAUCAGAAGCCAAUGAAAUUAUCAGUAAGGCCUCCCCUAAUUCCAACUGAAGGUGAGGAGGAGAAGCAAGAAGAAAGCAUGUCUGGAUCUCUAGGAAAGCUAAUCACGCGUACUGGAGCAUCAGUUUCGGAAAUUUUAGGAGGUGUGUUUCCAAUGUUCAAAAGGUUGCCUUUGAACCAUCAGUAUCAACAGCAACAGUUGCAGCAACAGUUACAGCAACAGCAGUAUCAGCAAUACCCAUGGCCGGUACAGGACAGCUUUGUAAUUCCAAAAGAAGAUGAGCCCCCGUCCAUCGACCCCAGAACCCCUACUCCACGAAAGACUUAUGCGUUCAUGUCCAAAGAUUCUGAAAAAAUGCAACAGCUGAAACAAAGCCGUGCUAUUUAUGGUGGUGGAUGGAAUCCUGACUUUCAACAACAACACCAACAGCAGACUCAGAAGCAUCUAAAUCAUCAUCAGUAUCAUUCAUCUGGACCUCAAACAUUCUACGAGCAAAGCUCAGAUAAUACUAAGGAAGUAGUUUUCGGGGCAGUCCAAGAACAAGGGCAACGUGAGACAGUGAUAAAGCCGUUGGACCAUGCAAAUCCUGUUUAUGAUCGUCACAAUGUUCGUUCUCGAUUCAACUCUGCUGGAUAUUCUCAAGGCUAUUAAUCAAUUCUCAUACAGACACUUCAACGGUUCUUUAAAUUGCUUCUUGAUGGCUUAAAAUGAGAAAUAUAUCAUGCAUUAGCAGCCAUCAAAGUACAAAUUUUGGUGAGAGGAAGCUUAUGUUAGAAUAGCUUAUAUAAUGUUUAUCCAGUUGUCAAAAAUGUUGUAGUGAAUGUUGAAAAUUAUUUCUAGUACAAAAAUAUUGUUCGAUAUAUCAUGAUAUUGAUCAAUUCCCUAGGAA